AUGACCGGGCAGCAGCAAAGAUCUCCCAGAUGGAAGGACUGCGCUCAGGUUCCCAGUUCGGUACUGCCACUCGCUGCUGGAGCUAUAUAUGUUCAAGCUCAUUUCAAUUCUGACGACAAAAGAGAAGCCCUUGAAAUGAUAGAGAAGUUACGUGAGUCGUUUAGCGAUUUGGUAGUGCAAAGUGACUGGAUGGAUGAAGCUACAAAAAGCAUUGCCGUCGAAAAGGCUAACUCUAUGAUCAACAAUAUUGGAUAUCCGGAGAUUACAAGUGACAUUAAAAAGCUGGACGAAAAGUAUAACGAGCUUAUUAUACUUCCGGAGGACACUUACUAUUCACUUAUGAAAAAGGCUGAGGUGUGGAUACAGAAGAAAGAAUUUCGCAAAUUGCUGAAACCGUUUGACAGACACGAGUUUGACGUGUCACCUGCUGUUGUCAACGCAUUCUACUCUCCUGAAAAGAAUGCCAUUACCUUUCCUGCUGGGAUACUUCAACCUCCGUUCUUUAGCGGUUCAUUUCCUAAAGCUGUGAAUUACGGGGGUAUCGGCGCUGUUAUUGGGCACGAAAUAACGCAUGGAUUUGACGACCAA